AUGCCAGCCAGCCAGCCAGCCAGCAAUAUUCCAGCCAGACAGCCUGUGUUGCUGCCAGCCAGCCGGUGUUCCUGCCAGCCAUCCAGCGUUCCUGCCAGCCAGCGUUCCUGCCUGCCAGUAAGUCAGCCAGCCAGUGCGCCUGACAGCCAGCCUGCAUUCCUGCCAGCCAGCCUGAGUUUCUCCCAACCAGCCUCUGAUUCUGCCAGCCAUCCUGUGUUCCUGCCAGUCAGCCUGCAUUCCUGCCAGCCAGCGUUCCUGCCAACCUGCCACCCAGUCACCCUGUGUGCCUGCCAGCCAGCGUUCCUGCCAACCUGCCAGCCAGUCACCCAGGGUGCCUGCCAGCCAGCCCGUGUCCUAUCAACCAGCCUGCAUGCCUGCCAGCCAGCCUGUGUUCCUGCCAGGCAUACAAAUUUCCUGCCAGCCAGCGCCCCUGCCAGCCAGCCAGCGUUCCUGCCAGGCAGCGUUCCUGACAGUCAGCGUUCCUGCCAGCUGGCCAGCCAGCCACCCACAGGUCCUGCCAGCCAGCCUGUGGUCCAGCCAGCCUGCAUGCGUUCCUACCAGCAAGCAGCGUUCCAUCCAGCCAGAGAGCAUUCUUGCCAGCCUGUGUUCCUGCCAGCCAGCCAGCCUGUGUACCUGCCAGCCAGAUGUGUUCCUGCCAGUCAGCCAGCAUUCCUGCCAGCCAUCCCGCCAACCAGCCAGUGUUCCUGCCAGACAGCCUGCGUUCCUGGCAGCCAGCCUGCGUUCCUGCCAGCCAGCCUGUGUUCCUGCCAGCCGGCCUGCAUUCCUGCCAGCCAGCCUGUGUUUGUGCCAGGCAGUCAAUCAGCCAAUGUUCCUGCCAGCCAGUCCGCGUUCCUGCCAGCCAGUCUGCGUUACUCCCAGCCAGCCAGCCAGCCAGCCUGCGUUCCUGCCAAACAGCCUGUGUUGCUGCCAGCCAGCCUGUGUUGCUGCCAGCCAUCCAGCGUUAAUGCCAGCCAGCGUUCCUGCCAGCCAGUCAGCCAGCCAGGCAGUGUGCCUGACAGCCAGCCUGCGUUCUGCCAGCCAGCCUGCGUUCCUGUCAGCCAGCCUGUGUUCCAGCGAACCAGCAAGCAUUGCUGCCAGCUAGGAAGUCAGCCAGCCAGAGAUCCUGCCAGCCAGCCCGCCAACCAGCCAGUGUUCCUGCCAGCCAGCCUGCGUUCCUGCCAGCCAGCCUUCGUUCCUGCCAGCCAGCCUGUGUUCCUGCCAGCCGGCCUGCGUUCCUGCCAGCCAGCCAGUGUUUGUGCCAGCCAGAUAGCAUUCCUUCCAGCCAGCGUUCCUGCCAGCCAGCCAGUCAAUCAGCCAGUGUUCCUGCCAGCCAGUCCGCGUUCCUGCCAGCCACCUGUGAUGCUGCCAGCCAGCCUGUGUUGCUGCCAGCUAUCCAGCGUUAAUGACAGCCAGCGUCCCUGCCAGCCAGUCAGCCAGCCAGGCAGUGUGCCUGACAGCCAGCCUGCGUUCCUGCCAGCCAGCCUGCGUUCCUGCCAGCCAGCCUGUAUUCCUGCGAACCAGCAAGCAUUGCUGCCAGCUAGAAAGUCAGCCAGCCUGUGUUCCUGCCAGCCAGCCUGCGAUCCUGCCAGCCAGCCUGCGUUCCUGCCAGCCAGCCUGUGUUCCUGCCAGGCAGCUUGCGUUCUCUCGAGCCAGCCUGUGGUCGUGCCUGCCAGCCAGCAUUCCUGCCAGCCAGCGUUCCUGCCAGCCAGCCAGCCAGCCAGCCAGUGUUCCUGCCAGCCACCUUGCGUUCCUGCCAGCCAGCCUGAGUUCCUCCCAGCCAGUCGGCGCUCCUGCCAGCCAGCCAGCGUUCCUGCCAGCCAGCGUUCCUGCCAGCCUGCCAGCCAGUCACCCAGUGUCCCUGCCAGCCUGCCCGUGUUCCUACAAACCAGCCUGCAUUGCUGCCAGCCAGCCUGUGUUCCUGCCAGGCAGACAAAUUUCCUGCCAGCCAGCGCCCCUGCCAGCCAGCCAGCGUUCCUGCCAGGCAGCGUUCCUGACAGUCAGCGUUCCUGCCAGCUGGCCAGCCAGCCACCCACAGGUCCUGCCAGCCAGCCUGUGGUCCAGCCAGCCUGCCUGCGUUCCUACCAGCAAGCAGCGUUCCAUCCAGACAGAGAGCAUUCUUGCCAGCCUGUGUUCCUGCCAGCCAGCCAGCCAGCCAGCCUGUGUUCCUGCCAGCCAGAUGUGUUCCUGCCAGUCAGCCAGCAUUCCUGCCAGCCAGCCCGCCAACCAGCCAGUGUUCCUGCCAGACAGCCUGCGUUCCUGCCAGCCAGCCUGCGUUCCUGCCAGCCAGCCUGUGUUCCUGCCAGCCGGCCUGCAUUCCUGCCAGCCAGCCUGUGUUUGUGCCAGGCAGAUACCAUUCCUGCCAGCCAGCGUUCCUGCCAGCCAGCCAGUCAAUCAGCCAAUGUUCCUGCCAGCCAGUCCGCGUUCCUGCCAGCCAGACUGCGUUACUCCCAGCCAGCCAGCCAGCCAGCCUGCGUUCCUGCCAAACAGCCUGUGUUGCUGCCAGCCAGCCUGUGUUGCUGCCAGCCAUCCAGCGUUAAUGCCAGCCAGCGUUCCUGCCAGCCAGUCAGCCAGCCAGGCAGUGUGCCUGACAGCCAGCCUGCGUUCUGCCAGCCAGCCUGCGUUCCUGCCAGCCAGCCUGUGUUCCAGCGAACCAGCAAGCAUUGCUGCCAGCUAGGAAGUCAGCCAGCCAGAGAUCCUGCCAGCCAGCCCGCCAACCAGCCAGUGUUCCUGCCAGCUAGCCUGCGUUCCUGCCAGCCAGCCUUCGUUCCUGCCAGCCAGCCUGUGUUCCUGCCAGCCGGCCUGCGUUCCUGCCAGCCAGGCUAUGUUUGUGCCAGCCAGAUAGCAUUCCUGCCAGCCAGCGUUCCUGCCAGCCAGCCAGUCAAUCAGCCAGUGUUCCUUUCAGCCAGUCCGCGUUCCUGCCAGCCAGUCUGCGAUACUCCCAGCCAGCCUGUGUUGCUGCCAGCUAGCCUGCGUUCCUGCCAAACAGCCUGUGAUGCUGCCAGCCAGCCUGUGUUGCUGCCAGCCAUCCAGCGUUAA